GCCUCUCUCUUCCUCUGGGUUUAGGACUACCCUCCCCAUUUGCUGCUAUAUUUAUCUGCCUUCUUGGCCAUAAAAGGCUGGCUGUGUGGCUCUGACAUUCUACUGCCUGACCACAUGCAUUAUUUUUGAACUGGCCCCCAGGGUCUGUCUUUAGCUCUGCCUCUUAACUUUUUCUUGGAUUUGACCUACGUGGGUUUUUCAUUCUCUCACCCAGCUCUACGGUCACGUCAGAACAUUUCCACCACCAUCCCUCCUUUGGAAGCUGGCUGCCUGAUUCCCUGGGGGCACACGAUGUCUCUGCCAUUUUAUCAGAGAUUGCACCAGCACUAUGAUCUCAGCUACCGCAACAGGGACCUUCGCACCGCGAUGAGCCAGUACCAGCAGGAGAAGAAAAGCUCCGCCAUCUACACCCACGGCUCCGCCGCCUACAGCAGCCGCUCCUCCGCCGCCCACCGCCAGGAGUCCCAGGCCUUCAGCCAGGCGUCCGCCUCCUCCUACCAGCAGCAGGCCUCCCAGGCCACCGAGUUCGCCCAUUCGUCCGCAGUCAGUCAGAAGGCGGCCUCAGACUACGAUUAUGGCUACUCCCACGGACUUACAGAUUCCAGACUGAUGUUAGGUUAUUCAUCCAAGUUGAGCCCCCAAACAAAGAGAGCCAAGAAGAGCCUUCUCUCUGGAGAGGAGAAAGAAAAUCUGCCAAGUGACUACAUGGUGCCCAUUUUCUCCGGUCGCCAAGUGCACGUCAGUGGAAUUACAGACACAGAAGAAGAAAGAAUUAAAGAAGCUGCUGCUUAUAUAGCCCAGAGGAAUCUUCUUGCUAGUGAGGAAGGAAUCACGGCAGCCAAACAGUCCACGGCAGCCAAACAGUCCACAGUAUCCAAACAGUCCACGUCCACCCUUCACCGGGAGGAAGCUGUUGAGAAGAAGUCGAGGAAAGUUGCAAUUCGAGAAAAGGCAGAACACCUGUCACUGAAGAAAACAUUAGAAGAAACUGAGGCAUAUCAUAAAAAGUUGAAUGAAGAUAGUCUUCUCCAUGCUCCUGAAUUUAUCAUUAAACCUCGUUCCCACACUGUUUGGGAGAAAGAAAAUGUCAUAUUACACUGCUCUGUAGCCGGCUGGCCGGAACCUCGUCUCACGUGGUAUAAAAACCAGGUGCCAAUAAACGUCCAUGCAAACCCUGAGAAGUAUAUCAUCGGAAGCCGAUAUGGAAUGCACACUCUGGAGAUAAACGCAUGUGAUUUUGAAGACACCGCUCAGUACCGGGCCUCCGCCAUGAAUGCUAAAGGAGAGCUUUCGGCGUAUGCCUCGGUUGUGGUAAAGAGGUAUAAGGGAGAGCUUGAUGAGACUCGCUCCCAUGCAGGGGUUUCCACCUUGCCACUCAGCUUUGGUGUGACCCCGUACGGUUAUGCGUCCAAGUUUGAGAUCCACUUUGAUGACAAGUUUGAUGUGUCUUUUGGGAGAGAGGGCGAGACGAUGAGUCUAGGCUGCCGUGUAGUUAUCACUCCUGAAAUUAAACGUUUCCAGCCGGAGAUCCAGUGGUACAGAAAUGGGGUACCUGUUUCUCCAUCAAAAUGGGUGCAAACACACUGGAGCGGAGAUCGGGCAACACUCACAUUUUCUCAUCUCAACAAAGAAGAUGAAGGUCUCUACACAAUCCGUGUACGAAUGGGAGAAUAUUAUGAACAGUAUAGCGCUUAUGUCUUUGUUCGAGAUGCUGAAGCAGAGAUCGAAGGAGCCCCAGCCUCUCCCCUGGAUGUGGUGUGCUUGGAUGCCAACAAAGAUUAUAUCAUCAUCACUUGGAAGCAGCCGGCUGUGGACGGAGGGAGUCCUAUUCUGGGAUAUUUUAUUGAUAAAUGUGAGGUGGGCACGGACACCUGGUCCCAAUGCAAUGACAUACCUGUGAAGUUUGCUCGUUUCCCAGUCACUGGAUUGAUAGAAGGUCGUUCUUAUAUAUUCCGAGUUCGAGCUGUGAACAAAACUGGAAUAGGCCUGCCCUCUCGAGUUUCUGAGCCCGUGGCUGCUCUGGAUCCAGCUGAAAAAGCGAGACUUAAAAGUCGCCCUUCAGCACCUUGGACUGGACAGAUCAUUGUCACUGAGGAGGAACCGACAGAGGGAAUUAUUCCUGGGCCCCCCACAGACCUCUCCGUCAUCGAGGCCACACAGAGCUAUGUGGUACUAAGCUGGAAGCCGCCUGGCCAGCGUGGCCACGAGGGCAUCCUGUACUUUGUAGAAAAGUGUGAGGCGGGAACAGAAAACUGGCAGCGGGUGAACACGGAGCUCCCUGUGAAGUCUCCCCGCUUUGCUCUGUUCGACUUGGUGGAGGGGAAAUCCUACCGUUUCCGAGUCCGCUGUUCUAAUUCAGCAGGAGUUGGUGAGCCCUCAGAGGCCACCGAAGUGACCGUAGUAGGGGACAAGCUCGACAUCCCCAAGCCCCCCAGCAACAUCAUCCCAAGCAGAAAUACAAACACGUCAGUGGUCGUUACGUGGGAGGAACCCAAAGAUGCUAAAGAGCUGGUCGGCUACUACAUAGAGGCCAGCGUUGUUGGCUCUGGCAAGUGGGAGCCCUGCAACAACAACCCUGUGAAGGGCACACGAUUUACUUGUCAUGGAUUGACUACGGGUCAGAGCUACGUUUUCCGAGUCAGAGCAGUUAAUGCAGCUGGACUGAGUGAAUAUUCACAGGAUUCAGAAGCAAUCGAAGUAAAAGCUGCUAUUGGGGGAGGAGAGUCUCCAGAUGUGUGGCCUGACCUGAGUGCUGCGCCUGCUGGACUAACAGACUCCAGGGGAGGCGUGCAUGAAACCUCCCGGCCAGCCUCUAAGAAAGAUGCUUUGCUUGGUCGCAAACUUAACAAACCUUCACUACCCGGUAGCUCCCACAGCCUGGGCCAAACAGAAGUGAGGAAAGUAAGUGAAACAGUUCAGGAAGAGCUUUCCCCACAACCGCAGAAAGCAGCUCCUAAGGGGAAAAGUAAGUCUGAGCCUCCGAAAAAGAAGAAGGAUAUAGCGCCACCGUCUCCACCCUGUGAUAUCACUUGUCUUGAAAGUUUUCGUGAUUCAAUGGUUCUUGGCUGGAAGCACCCAGAUAAGCCUGGAGGGGCUGAAAUUACGGGCUAUUACGUGAACUAUCGUGAGGUAAUUGAUGGGGUACCAGGAAAAUGGAGAGAAGCCAACAUCAAAGCUAUCAGUGAUGAGGCGUAUAAGAUUUGCAACUUGAAGGAGAACAUGGUCUAUCAGUUCCAAGUGGCAGCCAUGAACAUCGCUGGGCUGGGGGCACCCUCGGCAGUAAGCGCAAGCUUCAAAUGUGAAGAGUGGACCAUUGCUGUUCCAGGACCACCGCACAGUCUCAAGUGUAGCGAAGUCAGGAAAACCUCCCUGGUUCUGCAGUGGAAGCCUCCCACCUACUCAGGACGGACCCCAGUCACUGGCUACUUUGUGGACAUAAAGGAGGCCAAAGCCAAAGAAGACCAGUGGCGAGGACUCAACGAGGCGCCUAUUAAAAACGUGUACCUGAGGGUGCAAGGCCUCAAAGAAGGUGUCAGCUACGUGUUCCGAGUCCGAGCCAUGAACCAGGCAGGUGUCGGGAAGCCGUCCGACCUGGCUGGGCCUGUUGUGGCAGAAACCCGUCCAGGAACCAAAGAGGUUGUUGUAAAUGUGGAUGAUGAUGGAAUCAUUUCCUUGAACUUCGAAUGUGAUCAGAUGGCUCCAAAUUCUGAGUUCGCCUGGUCCAAAGACUACGUACCCACUGAGGACUCCCCACGAUUAGAGGUUGAAAGCAAAGGCAACAAGACGAAAAUGACCUUCAAGGAUCUUGGGGAGGAAGACUUGGGCCUUUACUCCUGUGAUGUAACAGACACAGAUGGAAUAGCGUCAAGCUACCUGAUAGAUGAGGAAGAACUGAAACGUUUGCUUGCUCUCAGCCAAGAACACAAGUUCCCAACUGUCCCAGUUAAAUCGGAGUUGGCAGUUGAAAUUUUGGAGAAAGGCCAAGUCCGGUUUUGGAUGCAGGCUGAGAAGCUGUCUGGCAAUGCCAAAGUCAACUUCAUAUUUAACGACAAGGAAAUUUUUGAAGGGCCGAAAUAUAAGAUGCAUGUUGACCGAAACACUGGUAUCAUUGAAAUGUUUAUGGAAAAGCUGCAGGAUGAGGAUGAGGGGACGUACACUUUCCAGAUUCAAGAUGGAAGAGCAACGGGUCAUUCUACUCUAGUUCUCAUUGGUGAUGUUUAUAAGAAGCUCCAGAAAGAAGCUGAAUUCCAGCGGCAAGAAUGGAUCAGGAAACAAGGUCCACAUUUUGUUGAGUAUUUGAGCUGGGAAGUGACUGGUGAAUGUAAUGUCCUAUUGAAAUGCAAGGUGGCAAACAUUAAGAAAGAGACUCAUAUUGUGUGGUAUAAAGAUGACAGGGAGAUCUCGGUGGAUGAAAAGCAUGACUUUAAGGAUGGUAUAUGUACCCUCCUAAUAACAGAGUUUUCCAAGAAAGAUGCUGGGAUUUAUGAAGUUAUCCUGACAGACGACCGAGGAAAGGAUAAGAGCAGAUUGAAGCUUGUGGAUGAAGCCUUUAAAGAGCUGAUGACUGAAGUCUGUAAAGCAAUAGCGUUGUCUGCGACAAACCUGAAGAUCCAGAGCACGGCUGAGGGCAUCCGGCUGUACUCUUUAGUUACUUACUACCUGGACGAUCUGAAAGUUAACUGGUCCCACAACGGGAAUGCUAUUAAGUACUCAGACAGAGUUAAGAAUGGGGUCACCGGGGAGCAGAUCUGGCUGCAAAUCAACGAGCCCACUCCGAACGACAAAGGGAAGUACGUGAUGGAGCUCUUUGAUGGCAAAACCGGACACCAGAGGAUGGUGGAUCUUUCAGGACAAGCGUACGAGGAAGCCUUUGCUGAAUUCCAGAGAUUAAAACAAGCAGCCAUUGCGGAGAAAAAUCGUGCCCGGGUGGUGGGCGGUCUCCCCGAUGUGGUCACCAUCCAGGAGGGCAAGGCGCUUAAUCUCACCUGCAUCGUGUGGGGUGACCCGACCCCCGAGGUCUCCUGGCUGAAGAACGAGAAGCCCCUGGCCUCCAGUGAGCACUGCAGCCUUAAGUUCGAGGCUGGCAAGACCGCCUACUUCACCAUCAGCGCGGUGAUGUCAUCUGACUCCGGCAAGUACGGGCUGGUCGUGAAGAACAAGUACGGCUCGGAGACCAGCGACUUCACCGUCAGCGUGUUCAUCCCCGAGGAGGAGGCGAGGAAGGCUGAGGAGCCCCAGAAGGGCGACAAGAAGUCCAAGUGAGGGGGCCAGCGGGAGCACAGGCGCGGCGCCGAGCCGAGCCGAGCCGCCUCCUGCCGCUACUUGUGUGCAGGCGGCUCGGGUUCAGCCUGAGGAAGCCUUGCUGCUUCCUACUCCGUUUUUGUGCUGGCUUGAGGGGGAUGAGGGUGAGAAUUGUCAAAUCUCUUAUCCAUAUAAGAGAGCACCAACUACCGGCAUUUUGAUAGUGUUUCUUUAUCUACAAAUUAUGCGUUAAGAAAAUAACAUUGGUAGCACAGAUGUUAGGAAACAGUUUUAAGGAAAAGGCCAGAAUACAGUCAGAGGGAUGUGGAACGAUGGUCUGAGGAAUGUGCUGUGGAGCAGAGUUUGGACUUGGCCAGACUUUUCACCAGUAAAUUCUUGUGGUUCAUGGUGAUACAUCAGUAUCCUGUCAAGACGAGACAAGCUGCUAAGCCAACCAGUAUGUGUCGUGUGUGGUUGCAGUCAGUAGUGAUGUGCGUUCUGCGGGCGGCCUUGUGAUCAGGAACCCCUCGGCACUAAUAAACAGUUCCCCUCCUCCGC